AUGUCGAUUCUUGUCGAAGCCUUUGGUCCCGGUCUUCAGAUGCAUCUCGGUGGAGGUGGGAGGUACGGUACUUUUACGAGAGAUGUCCUCCUUGAGGAGCUCUACAAGCCAACUGACUUGAGAAGAUUGAAUGAUGAAGAAGGGCCGGAGUUUGUCGUUGCCGGCAACGACAGAGUGAUGGCUCGCACGUACAAGUUGUUGGAGGAGGAGAAGCUGGAUGAAGAGGACUUGACUGAGGUCAUGAUGGAGUCUGGAUGGCAUAGAAAUGUAGGUAAAUGAUGACAGAAGAUGAGAAUUGGACUGAAAUCACCCCGCAGGGUCCCCGUUCUUCACAAGAUUCAUUUUUUGUACUGAUUAAUUUCAGGCGUCCGUCCAGCCCUUGUUGAACAUCCCCGUUUUUAUCAAGGCGUCCAACGAUGAUGUGAUCUUGAAUCGGUAGGCCUUACGACUUUGACAGAUAUUUGACUUGUCAAAAUUUUACAUUUUCCUCUACAUAGUCAUUAUUUUCAGUCUCCGCACUGCCGGUGCCAUCACCUUGGUCGAGGAAGGCGGCGACUUCAAUGACCCAUGGCGAAAGGGCUUCAACCUCCUUUCCGGAAACCUGCGGUUCCCGCUGAUCAAGCCCAUUAGAAUGUCCAAUGGGAUUCUGAUCAAGCAGGACCGCGCCAUCACCAUUAGAGAGGACAUGACUCAAGAGGAUGAGGAGACGUACGGACCGGAAUUGGUCAACUUUUUCGUCAUCAAGAACCGCCAAUUUGUGGAGGAGAAUCGGCGUUUGUUUGUGACUGCAAGAAGAACCGAGGAUCUGGUUACUUUUUACAGUGUAAGUAGCUUGGUUUAAAAAGUGGUUUCUGCCGAUAUUUGACAUAUGAUUUAGGUCGGUUCGGCGACUCCAAUUCCUCGAGACUUUGUCAUUUUGAAGCCGUCCAGAGUCCUUCUGGCCGCUUAUGAAGGUACCGGAAUUACCUUGAAGGAAGAUGACGUUGUCAUUAAAAUGGCCAACUUCCUCGGUGGCCGCUACAAUGUGACCUACGAAAAUUUCAUGAUGGCUCCCUUGGAGAGGAUUGUGCAACUCUAUGGAGGAGGCGGCAAUCUUCACAUCAAGAAUGGAACUCAACAUCAAUCUGACAACUACGGUGGAAGACACACCCAGUUCUCCUUCGGUGGAAGAUAUAACAACUUCAGACUCACCGAGGAGCUUGUCGUUUACCGUCGCAAUCUGAUGGAGAAUUUGAAGGACAAUGUGAUUCUGCUCACUUCCGAUUUCCUUCAGAAGAACAGAAUGUUCUCCAACAUUGGCGUCACCAUGUACGAUGUCGUCUUUGAGGCGCUCGACAUCCCGAUCGUCACCAUUCCCAUUGGAAGAGAUGAGGAGGGAAAUGUGAAGCAUGUCUUCUUGGCCACUGCCAGAGGCAACGAGUACUUGCUGAUUCGUAUGUUGGAAGUUCUCGAAGAGAACUUUGGCGGAUUCGGCGGAAAGAACCGCAACUUCUAA